AUGCACGCUUUCGCUGUUCUGUCCCUCGUCGCCUCGACGGCCCUCGUCGCCGCCCAGCAGGAGACGUACGAGAAGUUCUCGCCUCUCACCACCUUCGGUACUCUGCAGGCGCGCCAGCAACAGAGUUGCUCGUCUCUCGGCGGCAAGGCCUGCGGUAACAAGUGCAUCCAGCUCACCUACACCUGCUGCGGCAACGGCCAGGGUGCCUGCGAGCUUGGCUACACCUGCGGCAUCGCCGCCAACGGCAUCUACGGCUGCUGCCCCAUCGGCAAGCGCUGCCGUGGCGAUGCUCCCGAGCCCAGCACCACCAUUAUUGGCGGUUCUCGCCCGACCUCGUCCGUCGACGCCGGCGAUGAUGACGAGCCCACGUCGGAGGCUCCCACGACGAGCGCUACCUCGACCACGACCCGACGCCUGACGCCCGCCUCUACCUCUAGCACGCCCGCCCGCACCACCACUCCCGUCAGCGACGACGAUGAGUCAAGCUCCAGCUCCAGCUCGAGCAGCACUGCUGUGGCCACGGGCGGCUCCGGUGGCAACACUGGUGGUGGCAGCUCUGGAAACGGUUCUGGCAGCAACGGCAACGGCUCUGGCAGCAACGGCAACGGCGGCAGCGGUAGCGGCAGCACCACCACUGCUGCUAGCGGCGGCGGCGGUGGCAGCGCGUCUGCCGCCGGUAUGGUCACCGCCAGCUUUGCCAGCAUUGCCGGUGGCUUCAUUGCUGCCAUUGCUGCUCUUCUCUAA